AUGCGCCUGCACCUCGUGAUCUCGCGCCAUGGCCUCCCAGUGACGCGCAUCCUCUGGACAACAACGUCCUCGUCUUCGGCACUGGGGGAAUAUGGAUCUCAUCAACCAGCAUCGGCGUCGAUGGUCGCGUCCUCGCGAACGCCCAACAUCGCCUUUGCAAAUGGAGGGUACACAAUUGCACAGUUGCUGGAAGAUGUGAAUGAAGUUGUUCCACUCGAGACAGAACCAACCAUCUUUGACCCGGAAUUUAGCGGUCAGUGGGGGUUGGAAGACUAUGUCGUCGAGGUGGGUGGAUCGGAAUGUCUUCACUUUAUGGAAGUGGACGGCCUUCUCCGAGAUGGUGAUGAAGUUGUUAUCCGUGCGCUUCAGCUGGCUGACCUUCGCGCUCGAAGAAUCUGCGGCCGUCAUCAAAUCACGGGCGAUGGCAAACAUCUCAUUGAUGGCGUACCGUUCGGUAUGCCAUUCUACAAGCGGACCACCUCAACCCGGCCAGCAAUCACAAUCCCUCCGAGAAAAAAACGGCGCACUGUUUUCUCCGGUUGGAAUCAGGGACCAGUGUAUGGACAGGACGGCGCCCACGACGGACCACACGGUGACCGCGCCGGCGACGAAGAAUGGCUUCCGGAAAAUAAUGUGCCUUUUGGAAAAGAGCUUUCCGUGCUGCCUGCCGAUCACGAGGUUUCUGAUAUGGGAACCGUGAUCAGACAUCCCGUCAACUACUCCGGUGACGUAGAUGAGUUGAUGGAUGACUCUGAGGAAGAAUCUUACCAAACAGGGUCGGAUGAGGAUGAAGCUGACAUUGACGACGAAGCGGAUGAGCUGGAAGACGAAUUAAAGGCCUUGAAAGAGGAAUUUGAGAUCUCUGAGCCUCGGAUUAUAGGCAUUUCUUCUCAACCACGAGAAUCGACUGGCCCAGCGCUGCGGGCAAGUUCAAUCGCCAAGCGACCCUUGUCUUCGGAAUCUCAAGGGAAGAGCUCACUUGCGGGCGCAUCUUCACUGUCCAGCAAACGCUCCGCUGGCAAUGAAGGCUCCUCGCCCCGAAUAUCGAAAGCUGUCAGAUUCAACAGGGGAACACCUCUUCCUAGUAUGGCAACUGUACAAGCUCUGGAGAACGAAGCAGCUUCAUCAUCCACUGAAUCGAGUGACUCGAGCGAUUCGAGUGCUGAGUCCGAGGAUGAGGAAGACGAAGAUGAGGACGAAAACUCGUCUGACGAGGGUUCCUCAGAUGACGAAGUGUCUGCUUCUUCCUCAGCUGACCCUGAUGACUCUAAUGACACCGGCACAACAUCGUCUUCCGAGGACACCUCUGAAUCCGAGGCAGAAAUGCCUAAUCUUCCCGCCUCAAGGAAACCGCAACCAUAUUUGGUGAACCCUCCUGGGAUGGGAUCAACUCGUACAAAGAAAAGCAAUAUGCGUUUCAAGCAACGGCGUAGACUCUCCAAGUUGAAGGAGCUGGGAAUUCUGCCCGAGAAUGCUGAUUUUGCUGCUCUGCGUGAAUGGGAAGACAAGAACGGCGGCUUCCACAUUCCUGAAGGGACGAGCGUUCUGUCUGCGCCCGCAUCCACAGCACAGAGGAAGGAAGAUGAGCAGCGUGAAUUUGAAGCCAGACGUGAAAAGCUGCUGCGAGACUUGGCUACCGGUGGCGUGAACGUUGAUGAGGCUCCUGGAAAGAAACGCAAGCAGCCAUCGCAAUCCGUUGAUCACGACAGUGUUGAGAAGACCGCCGCCACCAAGGAUGCGACAACGGCAGAAACCUCUGACCGACGGAAACUGGACAUUGAAAGUUCGCGGCGGAUGCUUUUCGGAUCCCUUGGCGUUCGGACGCCAAAGACCGAGGAUGAUGUAGAGGCUACGCGAAGGAAGCUAGCUGCUCAGGCCAGCACUGUUCACUCUCAAAGAGCUAAAGCGCCUCAGCCGCGGGAAGAAGACUUAGAUGAGGAGAGCGACGCAAACGACGAUUGGGAGAAAAAGCUGGUCAUCAAGGCGGUGGAAUGUAUUCACGAUGAUGUUGUGAUGACAGCGCCCCCGUUUCCAUUCGAGCAACGGUGGGAUGGUGAUGCAGAUGCGCUGAUUCGACAGCGAAAUGGCUGGGGCAAAAAGCGUAAGCGCAAACAGAGGGUUCAUAUCUACGACGGGGAUGGGCAAGACGAAUACGAUGACCACUAUGGCCAUGAAGCCUACGGCGAUCAUGCAAACGAGGCGCACCGGCUUAACUACGACGAUGAAUGGCCAACCGCCGAGGACGACACCACUCAGCUGGGGGGCCACCAAAGUAACCCUGAGGCGAGCUCGGUCGACGAUUUGCCCAUGAUGCCGCAUGAUCCAAGCACGCUAGCCGAUUUGCCACAGAAAGAUAUCAAAGUCGGCUCGAUCAUAGCGUACCAAAGGUUAGAAAUGUCCAAAGCGACCAACUGGCAGCCUCGCCUUUCAGAGUAUCGUGUCGCCGAGGUUCACGAAGUGCUGGGUGAUGGCAAUCUCAAGAUCCGCCGAGCACUACGCGAUCGACGGCCCAAGGCCGAGACUGUGGAUUCAGAGGACGACCAGCCUCGUACAUACAGUGGUUUCGAAAUGCCUGGGAUGGACGAUGAUGGCGAGGAAGAUGACGGAUUUGACGAGGUCAACGUGGCAGACCUCGCCGGGCCGAAGCUUCUGCGCCCCGCAACGAUGAGCGUGAACGACGUGGCGAAUGAUGAGGCUGGAGAGAAUGGCAAAUCUAGGGAUGCCGCCAAAGAAGGUAGCACUGUGUCUGUAGUAGAGGAUUCCAUGCCGAACAACGAACCGGACAUGUCAUCACCUCCCUCGAUCGAUGUCGACAUGGAUGAAACCACCUUUGUCACCCUUGAGACGGCUGACAGUCGCUUGCCUUCUCCGCGUGGGUCUACCACGGGAGCGGCUGUAGCAGCGUCUUCUCGAACUCCCGCUGCUGCCAGAGUCGUCAUCACGCGGAGCAGAUACGCAGACGAUGAGUACAGCGAGUCGCCCGCCGUUCCGUCGCCGGUCUUUUCGGGUUUCCACUCGGCACGGUCUUCGCCGGGAGCCAGGCUGGGGCGUCGGUACCACGACGCCGGGGACUCCGGCCUUGAUGGCCAUACUUUGAUCGGUGAUCAGUCAAUGCUGGCCGUGGACCCUUCGAAUCAAGACUGGUCCACUCACACUUCUUUUCUCUCCGCCAACCAGUCCUUCUCGGACACCCAACAGGACAGCACUCAGCAAGAUCGACAGGUUGUUGAGAAUGACCACAUCUUUGCAAGCAAUGAAUCCUUAGUUUCCGUGGUACAUCAUCCGGCUGAAGCGGUCGAGUCUCAUCUCACCAAGCCAUCUCCCUCUCCUAGUGCUAUUCCAGAGAGUCCGACAAGCACGAAAGAGCAGGAAGAUGGCAAGGCCUCGCCCGCCCAGGGCAGUAGUAUCAAAGAGCUGCUGAAUAUUGGCUGGCCCGCCCCGGGUGAUACUGAUGCAGAGAGAGAUGAAGUGGAUGACGAUGCCAACGACCAAGACGAUCAAGACAGUCUGAUUCACAGCAAUCAGAGCCGUGAUCUCUCUUCGCGACUUUCUUCGAGAUCCAUCACAAGUGCACAGCGAGCAUUAGGCUCCUCGCCUUGUCUCGCCGUCGACUCUCUACAGGAGUUGGUCUCACCUACGACAUCCACUCGUUCUAGACGCCCACGGCAGUCCUCGCCAUCUCUCUUGGAUGCCUCUCAGACUUCCCAAGUCAUUGACCUCACACAAAGCCCCUUACUCAGACCCAGUCCGGAUGCUUCGGCCUUGCAGAGUGAUCAGCAACCGUCGGCGGAGAAGAAUACUGAAAAUGAUCACCCAUCUUCAUCCGGCAAGGCUCGGCAAUCAUUAGGUAGAAUUCAGGAGAUGGCAGAGGUUGUGGUCAGCCCGGGGCCGAGCCAGAAAGCCAAGAAGAAAAAAAAGAAGAGGCGCGUUGGAACAGACGCUUAG